AGAGGCCGAGCUCCGGUUUGGGGGAGACCUCUACUUCUCAGGGACACCGUUCCCGGGACGGUCGAGGCGUCGGGGCCACCACCAACUCAUCAGCUGGGAUACCCGGUCGGGGAGAGGGCGCGAAGUUCCAGUCUCUGGGAGUUCAGCGGAAUCGAACAGGAUCACCCGGGGGCUCAGGCCCCCGUCGCGUCUAGUGUGUUGAAAAGGCUAGGGGAGCUAGCCCUCGGAGGCCGCAGCCCAUGCCCGGGUUUGGGGCGACUGCUCAGUGAAUCCUCUUGGCUGACCGGGUGGAGAAGAGCGACGCCAAAGCUGGAAGGAGGGGAGCACUUUAUGGCUGGCGGCUGCAGAGGAUGGGCGCCUAAGUGACUCCCAGCGCUGAGCCGCAAGGGAAGGCGAGACGAGAUUUUCUGAGGAGGCGCCUGGGCUGCCGAAGUACUGCCUGCCCGGGGAAGAUGGCCCAGCCUGGGCGGCUUAGGCUUGGUAAAUGGCUUGUCGCGAUAGUCCUGUUGGCGCUGUGCCGGUUUGCCACGCCACUGGCCAAGAACCUGGAGACCGUGUCUUGGAGCUCACUCAACCCCAAGUUCCUGAGUGGGAAGGGCUUGGUGAUCUACCCAAAGAUUGGAGACAAAUUGGACAUCAUCUGCCCCCGAGCAGAAGCAGGGCGGCCCUACGAGUACUAUAAACUGUACCUGGUGCGGCCUGAACAGGCAGCUGCCUGCAGCACUGUGCUCGACCCCAAUGUGCUGGUCACCUGCAACAGACCAGAGCAGGAAAUCCGUUUCACCAUUAAGUUCCAGGAGUUCAGCCCCAACUACAUGGGCCUGGAGUUCAAGAAGCACCAUGAUUACUAUAUUACCUCCACAUCCAAUGGAAGCCUAGAGGGACUGGAGAACCGGGAGGGAGGUGUGUGCCGAACACGAACCAUGAAGAUUGUCAUGAAAGUUGGACAAGAUCCUAAUGCUGUGACACCUGUACAACUAACGACCAACCGGCCUGGCAAAGAGGCACAUAAUACUGUCAUGAUGGCCACACAGGCUCCUCGUGGUCGAGGUCCCCUUGGAGACUCUGAUGGCAAGCAUGAUACUGUGAACCAGGAAGAGAAGAGUGGCCCAGGUGCAAGCAGCGGUGGCAGUGGCAAUGGAGACCCUGACAGCUUCUUCAACUCCAAGGUGGCAUUGUUUGCGGCUGUUGGUGCUGGUUGCGUCAUCUUCUUGCUCAUUAUCAUUUUCCUGACGAUUCUGCUACUAAAGCUGCGCAAGCGGCACCGAAAGCACACGCAGCAGCGGGCAGCUUCCCUUUCACUCGGUACGCUGGCCAGUCCCAAGGGGGGCAGUGGCACAGCGGGCACUGAGCCCAGCGACAUCAUCAUCCCCUUACGGACUACAGAAAACAAUUACUGCCCCCACUAUGAGAAGGUGAGUGGGGACUAUGGGCAUCCAGUCUACAUUGUCCAGGAGAUGCCACCUCAGAGCCCGGCGAACAUCUACUACAAAGUCUGAGUGCCCGGUGCGGCCUCAGGCCCUGGAGGACAGAUGACCUGGACCAUACCUCUCCCUUUGGCCCCAUAAUCCCAGCCCUUGCCAGCUGUGCCCACCUUUGUAUUUAGUUUUGUAGUUCCUUGGCUUUUAUAAUCCCCCCCUUUUUCCUGCUCCUUGGGCGUUGGAGGGGCGUGCUUAUACCCCAAGCCCCUUGCUCUUGUGCCUUCUCCCUCUGGCCAGGCCCCUGGGUUCUAUGGGGGUACCCUUUCUUGGUGAGUAGGGUUGGAUGCUGAUGGACAGUAGACAGAGAGAUGCCCCCAUGGCCGUGUCUCCAACUCUGUCCCUGUUCCACCUUCCUAGGACUGCUUGUCUACUAUCAUCACUGCUUUUAAUGAUUUUGUGUUCAUUUUUUAGCUGUCAAUUUCUUUUCAUCUGCUUUUUGUUUUUGUGGGUUUUUUUUUUUUUAAGAAAAAUGAAAGAUGUAGAAAAUUACCCAUCCCCAGGCUUUCUCAGCCUGGUCCAGCCUGUUAUAAGAGGGCCUGGGGUUGGGACUGUGCAGGAUAUGGCCAGCCAAGAAGCAUAGAAUGUUGUUUAUUUUAUAGACUCCUCAGCAUUUCUCUGUCUGAGGUGGGGAUAGGACAGGCCUGCUCUUGCCCAUGAGGGCAGAGACGAAUAUUAUUGGGAAAGGUGUCCCACUCUUCCCUCCUGACCCUUCCUCUACAAAGCUAAUCCUGGCAGUGGGGUAGUAGCUGCCACCCUUCCAUAAUAAAUAAAAUCCUUAUGGGAUUCUUGGGCAUCUCCUGCCUCCCUCACUCUCACAGUAAUUAAUGUCUUAAUUGGCUGUUGCCUGGGGAACUGGAGAGCUGCUGCAGGCAGAUGACCUCAUGGGUGGUGGAGGACAUAACGCUGGGGGAGCCCUCCCCCAUUUUCUCUCCUUAUCUUUGGCAUCCUUUAGCCUGGUGGGGAAAUAGAUGUGCAUGUGGAGACUAAAAUAGGUAUAAAGCCAAGUGACAUGAUUCUUUUCUGGACUCUAGCACUGGUGGGUACCCACUAUCCACCUAGCUCCUGUUGUUCCCCUCCCCAUUUGGAGGCUGGGGCCUGGGAAGAGGAAGAGACUACCAGGGGCUGAGCCAGCCUGUUAUACACUUUGACCCAGCUCCUUGCCAGCAUAGACACUUGAAUGCACCCUUCAGGUGCUCCCAGAGCAGUGUGCAAGAAGCUUGGUCCUUGUACCAUCCAUCUCCACAAGGCCUCUUGGCCAGCUGCCCAUCCCAGUGCCACUUGGGAGAGAGAAGAGAAAAACCACCCCACUUCCAGGUGACAGAACGGUUUUUGUUUUUGUGUGUUACCAUUUGUGUAAAUACUAGCUUUUUUGGAAAAAAAUAAUGUAAAGAUGUUUUGUAUAAACUGAA